AUGGAUCCACUGCAGGCAGUCCACCUGGGUCCCCGGAAGAAGAGGCCUAGGCAGAUGGGCACCUCAGUGGCCACCACAUCUCAUGACAUCAGAUUUCGAGACUUGGUCCUCUUCAUUUUGGAGAAGAGAAUGGGAACAACUCGAAGAGCCUUCCUCAUGGAGCUGGCCCGCAGGAAAGGGUUCAGGGUGGAAAGCGAGCUCAGUGAUUCUGUCACCCACAUUGUGGCAGAGAACAACUCAGGUUCAGAUGUCCUGGAGUGGCUCCAUCUACAGAACAUCAAAGCCAGCUCCCAGCUUGAACUCCUCGACGUCUCCUGGCUGAUUGAAUGCAUGCGAGCUGGGAAACCGGUGGAGAUGACAGGGAGACACCAGCUUGUUGUGAGAAGAAACUCUUCCCCGAGUCAUGCCCCAGGCUCCCAGAACACCCAGGCUCCACCACCUACUGCACCAAAGAUCUCCCAGUAUGCUUGUCAGAGAAAGACCACGUUAAACAACUGUAACCGGGUGUUCACGGAUGCCUUUGAUAUCCUGGCUGAAAAUUAUGAGUUUAGAGAGAAUGAAGGCUGUUAUGUGGCAUUCAUGAGGGCAGCCGCUGUACUGAAAUCUCUGCCAUUCCCCAUUAUCACCAUGAAAGACACAGAGGGAAUCCCCUGCCUAGGGGACAAAGUGAAGUGUAUUAUAGAGGGAAUUAUUGAGGAUGGAGAAAGUUCUGAAGUUAAAGCCGUGUUAAAUGAUGAACGAUACAAAUCCUUCAAACUCUUUACUUCUGUGUUUGGAGUGGGGCUGAAGACAGCUGAGAAAUGGUUCAGGAUGGGUUUCAGAACUCUCAGUAAAAUCAAGUCAGACAAGAGCCUGAGGUUUACGCGGAUGCAGAAAGCAGGAUUCCUCUACUAUGAAGACCUCGUUAGCUGUGUGAGCAGGGCAGAAGCAGAGGCCAUCAGCGUGCUAGUUAAAGAGGCGGUUACGGCCUUUCUUCCAGAUGCCUUGGUCACCAUAACCGGGGGCUUCCGAAGCACCCAGAAGGAACAUUCUAGUCGAAGCUUUGGCAAGUUCAGGAUCGAGUCACCCAAGAGUGCCCCCAUCUGUUACCAGCCAAGGGGGUUGCUUUUGUACUGUGACCUCAUAGAGUCGACAUUUGAGAAGUUCAAGCUGCCAAGCAGGAAGGUGGACGCUCUCGAUCACUUCCAGAAGUGCUUCCUGAUUUUGAAGCUGUACCACCAGAGGGUGGACGGUGGCGUCAAGAGCAGCCAGCAGGGAGGAAAGGGCUGGAAGGCCAUCCGCGUAGACUUGGUCAUGUGUCCCUACGAUCGCCGGGCCUUCGCCUUGCUCGGAUGGACAGGCUCCAGGCAGUUUGAGAGAGAUUUGCGGCGUUAUGCCACCCAUGAGCGGAAGAUGAUGCUGGAUAACCAUGCUCUGUAUGACAAGACCAAGAGGGUGUUUCUUGAAGCAGACAGUGAAGAAGAGAUCUUUGCCCAUCUGGGAUUGGAUUACAUUGAACCACAGGAACGAAAUGCCUAAGAAUGAGUUGUUGACACUGUUCUCUUCAGGUUAGACAAAUUGUGCCAUGUGUUAGUUAAAGACAGCUUAGGGAAGUCCGGGAUUGUUUAGGCCCCAGGGAAUGUAGACAGCAAAUGGAUCGUAUGUAUACUAUGCAUAGAGAAUAUUCUAGAGCAACUUUAGAGGCUUAAUAAGCUGGGACAUGGCCACGGGUCACAUUCUCAGGCUUUCUGUCCCACUGCUGCAUAGAAUUCAUGUUUUUUUUUUUUCAAUAAGAAUGGUAUUGCCAUCAGUGCGUCAUCCAGAGAAGUGCAUCAAAGCCCACCUAACCCUUGU